GUUUCACUUCCUUACAGAGUGAAUCUCUCCCUCUUUCUCUGUCUCUCUUUCAAGACACCAGGAGAGCUAUAUAUUUGAUCAUUUUGAUUCUGUGCUGUUGCAUCAUCUGUCAAAAUAAAGGCCAACUGAUAAUAAGAUUGUCUGUGAGGGCUGAAGAGAAACUGAUGAUGAAUGAAGAUCAGGUGAAAGAGAUAAUCCAGAGAUGGAGAAAUACUCAAGAAGACGAUCUGAAGCCUGAGGACUACCAGCAGUUCAAGACUUUGGGAUGUGCCAGUCUCAGUGAGGGUGAAAGUCAACAGCUCUUAAAAUUCAUACAAGAUGAGAAAAACCAGGUUAUUGUGAAAUCUAUGGGCUGUGUUAUACUGGCACCUCUUCUAAACGAAGUUGUAAAAAAAGCUAAGGGUCUGGAUCAAUACCAAGCUGCCAUCACACAUCUGACCAGGACUUGCAGGCCAAAUGAACUCCUGGAUUGCAUGCUUGAAAUAAUUGAAGGCAUUGAUCCAGGUGCCAUUUCCGAGACAAUCCUAGCCCUUCUUCCGCAUCUUCAAUCAGUACUUCUCCGGCUGGAUGAGGGGAAGGCAGCCUGUGUGGGCUCGACUCUGUCGGCCCUGCAGAAGCAGCUGUCCCGGCUGCCUGUGCCUUACACGGAGCAGCAGGAGGAGGCCGAUGAGUACGGCCUGUGCCGCUGCAGCGCUGCCUUGACUGUGUUCACAGAACCUUUUGUGGAGGAGGUGAAAAGGACAGACGGAAAUUGUGCUGCUACAGCUGAAGAUGAGGAGCUAAAGAUUGAGCUUCUGAAGUUCUGCAUGAGGAGUUUGAGAGAGCCUUUGCUUGAGGCUGAACUGAAGCACGACAGAAGAUCACCAUUGUGGCUCUUUGCAGUAGAGAUAAUGGUCACACUUUCUGCAAUCAAAGAGCCUCUUCCGGAGCUCUUAUUCUUCAGCUCACUGAGGGAAAACAUCCUGAUGGACAAUAAUCAGUUCAAGGAGGCGAGAGCAUGUCUGGCUUAUCUGCUGUUUGUUCAGCUCAUUACCAUUGACAACUUUCCAGCAGUGUUUAGCCAUGUGUUUAUUCUCCAGUGCAACAUGGAAUACAUCAGUCAUCUGCUCAGCAGCAAAAAAGAAUCACAUUUGCUUAAAGGAUUGGCGCUGUUCACAAAAAGCUUGGAGCGUGUGCAGGACAACAGCCUCCCAGUGAGUCUGCUGGAUCUGAAGAGCUUCUACAGUGUGACACAGAACCUGCGGCGAGUUCUUACCGACUGCCCAAUACAGCACUUGAGAGAAUCGGGCCUGCAGGUUUUCCAGGUAUUCAUCAAUAAAUUAGAUGCAGAAGCAAAGCACAAAUUCUUCAGGUGCAUGUUAAAAACCAGCAAUCACGCAGGAAUAGAAAGUUAUAUAAUCAAGAACAUCAGGAAUCAAUUUGAACUUUCUAUGAAGGUGAGAAAAACACGAGAGUCACGCCAUAGCCUGCAUUUUUUUUCUCUACACGUUAAAUGUACUACAACUCUUUUACAGUGGGGUAACGCCAAUGAGUGGUUCUUGGGAACGGAGUUUAUUUCACUGAUGACGCUGGUGCUGUGCUUGCCACAAGGUGCUCAGACAGAUUUGCUCAGCAGUAUGGACAAGGUAAUGGAGAGCCUAAAUCUGCUACGCUAUGUUCUUAUCAGAGACGAAGAGCUGAGAACCAAUGAAGAUGUGUGGGAAGAGUUGUGCAGGAUCAAAGAGGAAUACCUAAAAAUGCUGCGUGUAUGUAUCAGCAUAUCAAGAGCGUAUUAUUCCUCUGAACUGAAAGCACUGAGGGAGGACCAAAAGCUAAAAGCAAAAGAAGCCAGAGAUGCUGCUCGACCCACUAAAUUAGUCAAAAGCAUCACAGUAAGGAAGGAGAAAGUGUCCAACAUGUCCCCGGAGGUCCAGCAUCAGGUGCUGCAGAGUGCUUUGGUGACAUUUGACCUCAUGGAGAGUCUUAUAGUCCGAAUCGAAGAGAUCACAGAGGAAAAGCAGAACAAACUAAACUGAGGCUCUGAAUUCAGACCCUUCAAUAUUUUUCUAAAUAUAUCUUUAUUUGGUUUGCUUUGUUUGACUGAAUAAAGUGUGUGCUUAUAUACAAGAAUGUAUACAAGAUGAUACUAUAUACUGAAAUGUCUGCUUUUCUAUGUUCAGCACAUUGAGCUCCUGCUGGUUAGCAUUAAAUAAAACAUGUCGAAUCA